AACUUGAAAUGAAGCAGGUAUAAAACAAGCUCAUCAGUUGCUUCCCAAAAAGCAAAGAGUGUAUUGAGAGAGAGAGAGAGAGAGAGAGAGAGAGAGAGAGAGAGAGAGAGAGAGAGAGAGAGAGAGAGAGAGAGAGAGAGAGAGAGUAUGCAGGGGGAGAAUCAGAUGGCAAGUGUAGGAGCCCCAACAACAUUGGGAGGGAGCAAGUGGAUAAUGGCCACAGAUGUGGAGGGCACAACCCCACCCUCUGAUAUCCUUAACUUCACGCGUGACCAAUCUGAUGAAGAGGACUCACAUGAUCAGAAACCUGGAUGGAGAGCGUUCUUAUCAUUUGUUGGCCCUGGUUUCCUCGUUUCCCUCGCAUAUCUUGACCCCGGAAACCUGGAAACUGAUCUACAGGCUGGAGCGAAUCACAAAUACGAGCUUCUGUGGGUUGUACUCAUCGGGUUGAUAUUUGCUCUCAUCAUCCAAUCGCUGGCUGCUAAUCUCGGAGUGAGCACUGGAAAACACCUUUCUGAACUUUGCAAGGUUGAGUACCCACCAUUUGUGAAGUAUUGUUUAUGGAUCCUAGCUGAAGUGGCCGUCAUAGCUGCCGAUAUACCAGAAGUCAUUGGGACAGCCUUCGCACUUAACAUCCUUUUCCACAUCCCAGUGUGGGCUGGAGUUUUGCUCACUGGUUGCAGCACGCUCGUGCUUCUUGGCCUGCAGAGAUAUGGGGUUCGGAAGCUGGAAAUGCUGAUAGCUACAUUGGUAUUCGUAAUGGCAGCAUGUUUCUUCAGCGAACUGAGCUACGUUAAGCCCCCUGCUUCGAAGAUCCUAAAGGGGAUGUUCAUCCCCAAGCUCUCUGGCAAAGGGGCCACCGGCGACGCUAUUGCGUUGAUUGGCGCACUCGUGAUGCCGCACAACCUGUUCCUCCAUUCGGCUUUGGUCUUGUCCAGGAAUGUUCCGAGAUCUGUCCAGGGCAUCAACGACGCCUGCCAAUUUUUCCUCAUAGAAAGUGGGAUGGCAUUAUUUGUGGCAUUCUUGAUUAACGUCGCUGUUGUGUCUGUGUCUGGCACCGUCUGCUCAAGCGACAAUCUUUCAAGCGAGAAUGCAAGUCGAUGCAGCGAUAUAACUCUCAAUUCUGCAUCAUUCCUCCUUAAGAAUGUCUUGGGUAGAUCUAGCUCGACGGUUUAUGCCAUUGCAUUGCUAGCUUCAGGACAAAGCUCCACAAUCACAGGAACCUAUGCAGGCCAAUACGUUAUGCAGGGAUUCUUGGAACUCAAAAUGAAGCAAUGGAAGCGGAACCUAGUGACUCGAUGCAUUGCCAUUACACCGAGUCUCAUUGUCUCUAUCAUCGGCGGCUCUUCAGGAGCCGGGAGGCUCAUCAUCAUCGCUUCAAUGAUUCUGUCAUUUGAGCUUCCGUUUGCUCUUAUCCCACUUCUUAAGUUCAGUAGCAGUGCAACAAAGAUGGGACCCCACAAAAACUCAAUCUACAUUAUGGUGAUCUCGUGGAUACUAGGAGCAGGAAUUAUCGGUAUCAACAUCUACUACCUCAGCACGGCCUAUAUCGACUGGCUAAUCCACAACAGUCUUCCCAAAGUUGCCAAUGUUUUCAUCGGAUUCCUAGUGUUCCCGCUCAUGGCUGUCUACAUCAUUGCAGUGAUCUACUUGACUUUUCGAAAAGACAGCGUCGUGAUGUUUACUGAUGACCCUGCUAAGCACAUAACUUCAAUGGCUGUCGAACAUGGCUAUGACAAUUCUGGCAAGUCACCAGACCGACUUCCCUAUCGCGAGGACCUGGCAAACAUUCCUCUUCCGGAAUAGUUUGCAUCAUAUCACUUAAACAAUGCUAGAGUUCAACUAUUUAGUAGAACUGUGGUGGAAAGAAAUAUCGGCAGAAUCAUAGCUUGUGUGUCAAGAUCAUUCAAAGGUUGCUGCUGCUAUUUUUAGCUGGCUGCGGGGCAAAACG